ACACUUCCAACAACUUCUUCUUCUUCUCCUUCUCCUUCAUUCACUUCGUUGUUUCUCUUCGCGCUUCAAAAUCCAAUAAUGUCUAUGCGAGUGUUAACCCUAACUCCGAAGUUCUUAAUAAAUCAGCAGCACUACUUAUGAACAUCAAUGCCGCUCAAAGAAAUGCAAAUCCAGAACCCAACUGCAAUUAUGAUUGCUAGGAUUGUUGUGGCUCAGGAUGACAUAAGUGGCGAUGGCACAACUUCCACUGUGAACUUCAUCGGCGAACUUAUGAAACAAUCUGAACAUUACAUCGAUGAAGGCAUGCAUCCUCGAGUCUUGGUUGAUGGUUUUGAGAUUGUAAAAAGAGCAACUCUACAAUUCCUAGAAAAGUUUAAGACUCCUGUUGUGAUGGGUGAUGAGUCUGACAGAGAGUUUCUCAGGAUGGUAGCAAGAACAACCGUGAGAACCAAGUUAUAUGAGUCACUGGCUGAUCAAUUGACUGAUAUAGUUGUUAAUGCGGUUUUGUGCAUCAGGAAGCCUGAGGAAGCAAUUGAUCUGUUAAUGGUGGAGAUUAUGCACAUCCGGCAUAAGUUUGAUGUCUACACAUGUUUGGUAUGUUUGAGAAGUACACCUACUCAUUUGUUAACUCAUGACUUGGUUUUGAUAAUUUCCUAGAGUGCUACAUGUUGAAUAUAAAGUAGGACAUGAUUCAAAGUAAUUUACCAGGGAAUUCCUUUCUCCUUGGCUAUUCUGUAGCCAAAACAUUGUGCUACUUUGCAGUUAGCUAACCUUACUUUUGAAAGUGAUUAAUUACACAGUUUGAGUAUGUGACCUCUUAAUCACAUGGAAGCAACUCCAACAGUUGAGAUUUGUAAUCUACUUGGUUUAUGCAGUUUAUUGGUUUCUCUGUAUUUUUUCUAGGUGGAAGGUCUUAUUUUUUAUCUGAAUAAUCCUUUGGUUAGCAGUUCUGAAUGACAGAUAAUAAUAGGGUUAUCUUUGUUAAAGUUAGCAUGUGCCGACUUCAGUGUCUUGGUGAUGUUCAAAUAUGAAAUAUUCGGAAUGAGAAACACCUAGAAUAUGUGUGCAUACAAAAUUUUGUUUAUCUAUCAAGGAUAGAUAUUGGCAAAAUGUGGUGUUGGGUGUUGACUGCUAUUAUGAUAAGAAGUGAAAUUGACGAAGUGCUAAUUAUCUUAGGAAGCUCAGUUCCGUACAAUAGAGGAGGACUUUUAGAGUCGGCCAAAUUAGAUUUCUGAAAUGCUUUUUAAUGUCAUUCUCUGUGUCCCUCUUAGUUUAAGAUUAUGACACGUGAUAUAAACACAAAUAUUCUAUCUAUUGGACAACCUUGCUGGCAUGGUACUAAUUGCAUAUUGCUAAUGUGUUAUGACUUAUGAGCUACCUGAUACAUUAUUUUAUCAUGUAUUGUGUCUGCUAAUUUGUUUUUUCCAUUGUUUCUGUUUAAGAUAAUUGCCCUUCGGAGAGCAAAGAGGAGAAACAUGGAAUGAUUGGUUUUGGCCUACGAAGGAGAGGCUGUAAACUCUGUUAAUGAUUUGACUCCUGAAUAUCUUGGGUGGGCAGGGUUUGGUGUAUGAGCAUGUCCUUGGUGAAGAGAAAUAUACUUCUGGGAUGGUUCCUGCAUAAUUUUUAUGAGCUGUUUUCACAAUUGUACAGGUCCUAAUGACCACACAAUAACUCAGAUUAAAGAUGCUUUUUAUGAUGAUUUGAAGGGCAGUCAAGAAUACCUUAGAAGACGAAUCUGUUGUCUUGGGGGCGGGUGCAUUUAAAGUUGCUGCUAGACAACACCUGAUAAAUGAAGUUAAAAAAACAGUCCAAGGUGGUACUAUCAAUGUUUCAUGUUUUCUGUCUUUUAUUGAUCUUUAGUUUUCGAGUUCCAUUUUCAAGGAUUGGAUGUUCAUAAUCUUGAAACAGCGCGCACAACUUGGUGACGACGCUUUUGCUGACGCAUUUCUUGCAGUGCCCAAGACACUAAUAGUGUCUUGGGCAUGGGCACCACAAGAAGUGAUUAUUGCUUGUAUAUUGUGCAAGAAAAAGUAAACAAAAUAUGAAAAUACAAUACUCAAGAUGUGAUUAUUGCUCGUAUAUUGUGCAAGAAAAAGUAAACAAAAUAUGUAAAUUCAAGAUAUAUCCCAAUAGUAUAAAUAAAUUCUAUACUUUUUCUUAGUUUUAUACUCAAUGAGAAUUAAGUAUUUGAUAAUUUUUUUUUUUUGAUCAAGAUAAAUUUUUUUUUUUGAAAAGUAUAUAUGAUAAAUAUAAGGGAAAUGGAUCUCCAUUUUCUCUCUUUCAUGUUUUCUCAAUUUUCACAUCUCCACCCUUAACCAACUUUUCUCCAUUUUUUUCAUGUUUCAAUAUUAUUCCCUCUUUAUAUUUCAAUGGUCUAGAUCCCCACAAUAUUCUGUCAUGUUCUUUUUCCACUUGAGAGGAUCCUAAUCCUACACUAUUCUCUCAUUUUUUUUCCACCUGAGAGGAUCCAAAUCCUAAAUUUGCAGUGUACCUCUUAUUUAACUAUAUUAUUUUUUAGGAGAGGAAAAAAAAAAUCUUAUUAAACUAUCUCAUGUUCCCGUAAAGAAACACUUUAAUUUGUUCUAACUUCUUAGGGUUUUCUUUCGCCUUUGUUACACUUGCAGUGCUUCUGCAAAAGAAGAAGAAACAUGAGUGUCAACAGAAAGAGAAGUUACGAUUCAAUGUCAUCCCCUUCAUCAUCAACCUCACUCCUUCAAACCAACACAACCCUCUCUCGAUUACCACGAUUAAGCAAAACAAAAUCCCUCUUCGAAAUCAUCUCCACAAACCCUUUCUUCACUGUCGAGAAAACUCUAGAAGAUUCGUGCAUCGAUGUCACACCACAAGACAUCGAACAAGUCCUCAAACUCAGUUAUCGGUUCCCGGCUCAGGCGUUCAAGUUCUUCCGUUGGGCCAGUAACCGUAUCAACCACACUCCUUACGCCUGGAAUCUGGUAAUUGAUAUUUUAGGUAAAAAUCGCUCAUUUAAGGCAAUGUGGACUGUGGUGAAAUCGAUGAGUCGAAUAGGUUUGCUUUCACGGUCUACAUUUGCUUCGAUUUUUGCAAGUUAUGUUAAUGUAGGUAGAUUAGCUGAUGCUGUUAGGACCUUUGAGGUGAUGAAUCGUUAUGGUUGUGUUCAGGAUGUUAUUUCGUUGAAUUCAUUGAUGAGUGCUAUUUGUGAUAGUGGUAGAGUUAUUGAAGCUUGUAAUUAUUUGCAAACUGCAAACAAAUUUGUUAGACCUGAUUAUGAUACUUAUGCUAUUUUGAUGGAAGGUUUGGAAAGUGAUGGGAAUGUUGUUGGUGCUAAGGAGAAUUUUUAUGAUAUGAUUUUUGAAAUUGCUUGGGAUCCCGCAAAUUUUCCUGCUUAUGAUCUGUUUUUGUGUACCUUGGCUAAAGGUUCUGAUGGGAUUCAUGAAGCUCUUAAGUUUUUUGAUUUGUUGAGAGAUAGGGGAUGUUAUCCGGGAAUUAGGUUUUUUGGGAUUGUUCUUGAUGAGUGUGUUAGGUUUAAUGAUAUAAGGAGGGCUGAGUUUUUUUGGGAAAUUAUGUUGGGGAAAACUAAGUUGCAGCCGACAACCGCAAUGUAUAAUUCAAUGAUAUCUAUGUAUUGUUAUCACAGUGAUAUUGAUGCUGCUAUGAAUAUGCUCGAUGGUAUGGUUUGUAAGGGGGCUUUUCCGAAUUCACUUAUAAUUUGUUGUUUAAGUUUUUCAUCAAGGGGAAGAAAUUGGGGGAGGCUUCAGAGAUGUUUACUGAGAUGGUGUCAAAUGGGUGUGUGCCGGAUCAGCUUAAUUGUGAUGCAGCAGUUAGGGUUUAUUUGGAUAAUGGGGAUCCUUUUAUGGCUAUCAAAGUUUGGAAAUGUUUGGUAGAUAAUUAUCGUGAAGAUUUAGAGGGUACUGCUAACCUUUUGGUUGUAGGGCUUAGAGAUAAUGAUAGGGUCCUUGAUGCAGUUAAGUAUGCCGAGCAUAUUAUUGGAAGAGGAAUCAAGUUAACUUCUUCUACAUUGUCAAAGCUGAGACAGAGCCUUGUCAAAGAAAGAAAAUAAUUUGUGUAUGAAGAACUUAUAGCAAAGUGGAAAGCCGCCUAUUAGUUAUUGAUCAGGGGUUCAUUCGCGUGCAAGAAGAAAAGUGCAAUAACAUGUGAGACGUACCGGGAGUGAAUUGGUUGUCGAAGAUUUUAUAGACAUGCAAUUUUGUCUAAAUGGAUUUUCUGGUUGAUCCUAUUGAGGUGUCAAUGAGCACACGCUGUAAGUUUGACCCUGUAUGUUUUGUUCUAUACUUAGUUAUUCAGUGUUAGUUGAAAUGGGAUCAAAUAUCAUUUCCUCACAUUUUGUUAAUGAGAAAUUUUUAAGUA